AUUUACAUUACAGUUUUACAAUGAUAUUGCGCUAUUUACUGUUGUUUGCAGCUACCAGCACCAUGCUGGUAGCAUGGAAAUAUCAUUUUGCGCCCUUAGCUUCAAAUGCAGUUAACAUUAUAUACAAUUUGUGGAAACAUUCACAUACAUUAUUAACAUUCAUUUUUUUUUACUUGCUCAUUAGUUGAAAAGAGCAUAUUACGUCGGGCAGAGCUCAUUUGUUGCCAUCCUCGAAAGUUCAAUCAAAGCCUAUAAUAUAGCUUCUUUAAUUACGUGGAAAAUUACAAAAAUUGUAUAGUACAAAAUAUGCACCUCUUAGUUGGUACUCCCAUAUGCAAGCUUACUUAAUAUAACAAAUUUGCAAUAAGAAUUUUAAUAUGAUCACCCACAUAAAAGAUGUCUUAUACAAGUUUUACAUUUUCAAGUUGUAAUAGAUUACGAGACCGACGAACGAACAGACUGACGGACAUGGGUAGAUCAAGUCCCCUCAUCGAUCUGAUCUAUAAUUAUAUCAUACUAAAUAAAGAUAAUGGGAAAUAUCCCUUUCAAUAAAAUAUUAAUUUACAAACAUAUGUAUAGUAAGCCUGAAGUAAAUACACUUACUCAUUUUACCUCAACUAUUUGUGAACUGUUCAAUGUCAUGAACUUCACUGGGUCAUAAAAAAGGCAACACGAACUCAGAAAAAAAUUCGAUGUUGUCUUUUGUUUACGUUUUAUGUUUCGUUGUAUUCGGCAGCACCCAAAAUGUUGUGGGUGCAAGCGAAAGGGAGGGACGAACAAAGAGAGAGAGGGAGAAAGAGAUAGACAAGUAAGACAUAUGAAGUGCUAAUACGUGCUGCACAUGCUGUGUGACACCGAGCUGCAGUCGAAGUCAACGUCAGCGUCGCUUCGCGCUGCGUCGGUUUCAGCAAACAUGAAGCUCGGCAACAGGUGUUGAAACUUCCGUUCGUUAUCAAAAAUAAAAGCAACAACAAAAAACUCGUCAAAUGAGCACUAAUCCGCAUAGAACAGCAGCAAGUAAGUCACUGGCUCAGUCGGCCUGUCAACCUAUAUAAAUUUAUUUGCGCACAGAAUAUUUGUGACAGUUCGCUGACUAGGUUUGCACCAGCAUAUGUGUAACGGUCAGUUUUUGAAUAGUGGCGAUAUGUGGAAAUUUGCGCAAUUCCUUGUACUUAUACAAAUUGUAAAUUAUGCGCAGGCUCAAAUCGCUUUUACAGGACUACCUUGCACAGUCCGCAAUCCUAAGAUCGUCGGCGGAAGCGAAGCGGAACGGAACGAAAUGCCGUUUAUGGUUAGUCUAAUGCGUCGUGGUGGCCACUUUUGUGGGGGCACCAUUAUACAUGAGCGCUGGAUACUCACCGCUGGUCAUUGUAUUUGUAAUGGUCUGCAAAACUUCAUGAAACCCACGCAGAUUCAAGGCGUUGUAGGUGUCCAUAGUAUUCGGGAUUAUCUGAAUGCUGUCAGUGACGGGCCCCAGGGAUUCCGAGUAGACUUUAAGCGCAUUGUACCACAUCCACAAUAUGAUUGCAAAAAUGUGCAACAUGAUAUCGCCCUGCUAGAGCUCGUACAACCUAUGGGCUUUUCGGCACAUAUUCAGCCCAGCUGUGUUAGUUCAGGGGAGGAGGAUCGUAGCUUGGUGCCGGAAUACGGAACGGUAUCCGGCUGGGGAUGGACACAAGAGAACCAGGCAGAUGGCGAGCGUGCCGAUGUCUUGCGUAAGGCAAGAGUUAAAAUAUGGAACAAUGAGGUCUGCGAGCAUUCAUAUCGAGCGCAAGGAAAAUCCAACAGCAUUAGCGACACUCAGUUGUGCGCAGGAUUUGAGAAUGGUCAAAUUGACUCAUGUUGGGCUGACUCUGGUGGCCCACUGAUGUCGAAGGAGCAUUAUUUACUAGGCGUUGUGUCUACGGGCAUCGGCUGUGCCCGUCCAGGCCUUCCAGGCAUAUAUACGCGUGUCAGCAAAUAUGUGAAAUGGAUGAAAAAUGUAAUGGGAAAUCGGCAAUAGCUAUAAAACAUGGUAAACUGAAUGUGAUAAAACUGUGAUAUUGACAUAUCAUGUCAUACAAAAAUGAACUAUAAAUAAAUUCUCUUAUGAUUAUAAAAAUUAA